AAAAUGAGGCGGGGUCCUCAAGUUACAGCAUUCCCAACUCGGUGAGCUGUCCCAAACAGCUGCUGAAGUGUACAGAAGUGCAGUUUUCAUCGGUUGAUGAUAAUAUUUUUUGAGGUGGUGGAGCAUGGAGGUGUUCACAGUGUGUGUGGCGUUUUUAUCAUUGUUUGUGUCAGUGAUCAGCGCUUUCUCUCAGUCUCUGGACAGUGACUUUACUUUCACUCUACCAGCCGGACGCAAAGAGUGCUUCUUCCAGAGCAUGAAGAAAGACGCUUCACUAGAGAUCGAGUAUCAGGUUCUAGAUGGUGCGGGUCUAGAUGUGGACUUCUACUUGCAUUCACCCAGCGGUCACGUUCUGGCCUUUGACCACAGAAAGUCUGAUGGGGUUCACACAGUGGAAACCGAGGAGGGAGACUACAUGUUCUGUUUUGAUAACACAUUCAGUGCUGUUUCUGAGAAAAUGAUCUUCUUUGAGCUGAUUUUGGACAAUGUGGAUGAAGGAGAGAAAUCGGAGGACUGGAAGGCAUAUGUGCAGGGAGCAGAUCUUCUGGACAUGAAACUAGAGGACAUCAUGGACACCAUCAACAGUGUGAAAGCUCGUAUAGGCAAGAGUCUCCAGAUCCAGACAGUACUGAAAGCCUUUGAGGCACGUGACCGUAACCUACAAGAAAGCAACUAUGAACGGGUCAACAUGUGGUCAUGUACAAACCUUGUCGUCAUGGUGAUCGUAUCCGGGGUACAGGUCUACUUGCUGCGCAGCCUGUUUGACGACAAGAGAAAAAUACGCACGUAGCCUCCCCCACUGCAAGACUGGAAAACACUCUUUUUCUUUCAAACUCUCUUAAUAUUCAGCUCCACCCUCAGUUCUUCCCAUCAAAGUGUCCUUGAGCUGCCCUCCUUCCCACUUGUUUUUUGAUCUGUCUUGCCUUGUGAUGAACACAAUUGUUUUAUACUCUUCUCGAGUCAGGGACUUUCUGGUGCCGAUAAAAUAAGAGAUUGAAGUUGAUCUCUAAGCUGCUAUGUGUAAGAGAGAUCUAACCAGGAUCAUGACCUCCUGGAUACUUUUAAUUUUAAAUAUAUAUGAUUGGACUAUCAGAGAACUAAAAAAAUUGUUUUUGGGUAACACUUUACAAUAAGGUUGCAUAUGUUAACUUGUACAUCAUUUAUUAAUAUUGGUUUAUGUUCUUUUCUACAGAUACAUUCUUAACAUUUAAUGAUGUAUACGUUAACAGUGAUGCAUUAUGAACUAACAGUGAACAAUAGUGUAUAUAAAUGUACAUUAGCAAAAAUUAUUAAAUGCUUUGAAAAAAGCAUUGUUCAUUGUUAUUUUGAUAUUUAAUGCAUUAAAUAAUAUUAAAAAGAUAGUUCACCCAAAAAUGAAAAUUCUCUCAUUUGGUCACCCUCAUGCCAUCUCAGAUGUGUAUGACUUCCUUCUGCUGAACACAAAUGAAGAUUUUAAGAAGAAUAUCUCAGAUCUGUAGGUCCAUACAAUGCAUUGUGAUGGUGAUUAGAACUUUGAAGCUCCAAAAAGCACACAAAUGCAGCAAAAAAGUAAUCCAUAUGACUCCAGUGGUUUAAUCCAUGUCUUCAGAAGCGAUGUGAAAUGUGUGGGUGAGAAACAGGUCAAUAUUUGAGUCAUUUUUUUUACUAUAAAGCUCCACUUUCACAUUCGUCUUCUUUUGUUUUUGAUGAUUCACAUUCUUCGUGCAUAUCACCACCAACUGGGCAGGGAGGAGAAUUUAUAGUAAACAAAAAAAAAGACAUUGAUCUGUUUCUCACCCACACCUAUCAUAUAGUUUCUGAUGACAUGGAUUAAACCUCUGGAGUCAUGUGGAUUACUUUUAUGCUGCUUUUAUCAGCUUUUUGGAGCUUCAAAGUUUUGGUCACCAUUCACUUGCAUUGUACGGACACAGUGCUGAAAUAUUCUUCUAAAAAUCUUUGUUUGUGUUCAGCAGAAGAAGGAAAGUCAUACACAUCUGAGAUGACCUGAGGGUGAGUACAUGAUGAGAGAAUUUUCAUUUUUGGGUGAACUAUCCCUUUAACACAUAGAAACUUACUGUAAAGUAUUACAUGUUUUUUUGUAUAACACCAUGUUUUAUAAAACCCUUAUUGACACUUCACUGUUAGUGAAAUCUUGGCAUUGAGAUGCAGCAUGUUUCGUAUUUUUUGUAAAGGACUAGGCUAAAUAUUUUGAAAUUACACCGAUGUGAAGCAUUUGUGGGAAGUAGUAAUGUCUGAUUAAAAUAUUGACUGUUUUGAAUGCAUUUUUGUAUUGUUAACCACACCCUGUGCCAAACUUUUGUUUGUUUUACCUGUCUGCUACUGAUAAAUAUAAGGCAAGCCACACCCUACAUGCACCCAAAA